AUGGUUGAAACCCUAAGCCCACUAUUCUAUGACCCUGAUUGGAACAGGCAGCCGGAGCCUGGGCCUACCGGAGGCCUGGAGCUCAUUCAAAUCGAUCGGAGGAACGAAUGGAUAGUCAAGUUAAAAUUUACACAAGCGGGCAAGCCCUCCACUGGAACAGGGUUUUAUCUAAACGUCCCCGAUACGAAAUCUCACGUUAUUGUCACUGCUGGCCAUAACUUAAUUAACGAGAAUAAGGAUUUAUCGCAAAAUAUCGAGAUCCUGAAGCCGGAUGGGAAAUCUAUCGAGGUCAAGGCAAGCGACGUGUUUAUCUCUAAGAGCUACGAGAGAAAUCCGACUGCUAGGAAUGCAGAGAACGACUACGGAGCGAUUCUUACGAAGAGAGACGAAGACAUCAGCAAAAACAAAGGUUUUGGGUUCUCUCUUAUGUUUCGCCAUGAAGACUUGAUCGGCCGGGUGUUAGAGGUCAGCGGAUAUCAAGCUGAUUCGGAAGCUGGGCAACCGAAGAUGAGUUCGGGGCUUUGCGCCCGUUCCUGGUCAGAUCUAGUAGAGUAUGAAAUAAAGACUGAACAGGGAUUGAGCGGAUCUCCUGUGUAUCUACCUUGCAGGGGACACGAAGCCGUGAUUGCCAUCCACCACGGCCAGAAAAAGAGACCUACUGGGACCCGUCUUAACGAAAAAGUUCUUUGCGAUAUAUUUCGCUUUGCAAAAGUAGGCUACAAAGGAAAGUCUCUCAAGGUAGCUCAUAAACAAGCGAACGACAUGGGGAUAUAUCUCCGGCUCCCGGGUCAUAGCGAUUUUGGUAAGGUGCGUCUAGGUAAGGAGGGACUAGAUACCGCAUUCGAUAUCUUCCCCGGUUACUCGCCGGUAUCGGGGGGACCGGAGGAACCUCUCUAUGUGUUUCGUUUUAUACACCCUCCGGGUUGGCCGGAAAGAAGGAAUGAGGAGAAAUGGGUGCUCUGGGAUGCCAGCGACGAUACGGUCACUCUGACUGAACACUUGCAGGAAUUCUGCUUUGUAAAGUUAGAGAAAGGAAAAGACAAAGGAGAAAAUGCUCCAUUCGGGGUCGUUCUGCCUAUCAAAGGAGAUGACCUUGUUGAACUAAGGAUGCAGGUGACCGAAAUUACUCCAGGAGAUAUCAAACUCGGUGUUCGGGAAUCAUCGGAAAUUUCGUUUGACAGGCAUUUCGAAAACAAGGUUUUUAAGUUCAACUACUUCCAAUUUGAAUAA